AUGACUUUAGAUCUUAAUGUUUUUGGGAUUCUUCUCUACUAUGAUCAUGUUGAUAUGAUUUUUGAAGGGGUUUAUGCCUUGCACCCAGAUAUUGGUAAAUCACACUUCUGGAUAGCAGCAACAAUACCUGCCAACAUCAAUUUAGUUCUAGAUGUUGAAAGUCCUAAUUGCAGCAGAAAUCCAGAACAUGAACCUAAAAACUACAGGGAAGCUACAGUACUGCCAGACUGGCAAGACUCGAUGAGAGAACAACUAACAGCUCAUCAAAGGGCUGGCACAUGGGAUAUGGUUGAUCUACCUCCUGGUAAAUCUUUUGUGGGAAGUAGAUGGGUUUACAAGGUAAAGACUAAAUCAGAUGGCACAUUAGAUCGUCGAAAAUCUCAUAUAGUUGCACAGGGUUAUACACAAGAGUAUGGUAUUGAUUAUGAAGAAACUUUUGCUCUGGUUGCAUGA